AUGGCCGCUGAAGCUGAAUAUAGCAAACUUACGAUCAUUAAUGUUCGCAGAUACUUCCGGCAAUUUGGAAGUCGUAGACGAACGGUAACACCACUAACGAUAGAAGCCCUCUAUGAAUACCUAUUGGAGAAGCUCAGUCUCUACCUUCCAAGGUUGAUGAGAUGGCUAUCUUCUUCUAGGGUCAUGACCUCUAGUAUGAGACGAGCUCUUGUCACUAAAAGCUAG